ACGCCGUUAGUCCUGCUACGACGUCGUAGAGCUCAACAGCUACCAACGACGUUACCAAAACCGUCUAAAACGACCUCGAUUCCUCUCUCUCUCUUCUUCUGCAACGAACAACAAGCAGCGGCUGCAGCCUCUCACUCUCUCCCUUUCUCUCUCUAGAAUUUUCUCUCUCUGCAAGUCUCUUUUUCCUCUCUCUCCAGCUUCACCUCUCCGGGAGCAACUCAAGGAGCAACUUUUUAUGGGGUCAGGGUUGCUGCGACUGUCAGUUGAGCUUGAAGUUUGAGGAUGCGAGCUGUGGUUGAGGGGUUACAAUUGUAAGUUAGAGUUUUGUGUGUUUUGAGGAUGGGUUCUGCUUGUUGUGUUGCUGCUAGAGACAAGACUAUAACAAACAGAGCUAAUAGCGAAAUUCUGCAUCGUAAUAUGCGGUACUCACCAACUUGGAGCUUUCGGUGGGAUAACCGGGUGGGGGUGGCAGCUGAAGAGACUUCUGUAAGUUGGUUUUCUGAUGGUGUUAGCAGAAAUGAUGGAUCAGAAGUUAAAUUUGAGUCGGCAUGUGUAUCUGAGGAGGGAAGUCCACUGGAACAUUUUCGAAGACAUACGGCGCAAAAAUCUUCAGUAUCUGAGGGAACUGCUGGGCAUGUCCGGACUCCUGCUUCAGGUGGCCAUGUUUUUUGCAUGUACCAUAUUUGCUUUAGUGUCACAUGCAUUAUGAGACUUUGUCAAAUACGAAGACAAGACUUUUGCAUCCAAUUAAAGUAUUUAGGGCCACGCUCUGAACUGAGGGUGACUUGGAUGGCUAUGCAUUACACAUAUGCACUGAUGGAAGAUCAAUCCAUUUCAAGAAAUAUUUCCAUGGAUGCAAGUCUUGAGCAGGUAAAAGAGUCAGAAGAGUCCCCUACUGUUUCAUAUCCAUCCCCGACAAAAUUAUCAGUUUCGUUGCCUUCUACUUCAUCCUUGUCGGCAUCCCCUUUGUCAUCCCAGAGUCACCUGCCUCCUCCUAGCUCAACUCCAUUGAGGUGGCCCCGCUGUUCUCCAGGACAUCAGUUAUUAAGGCAAGUAUCUGAUGGCCGAGUCCCAGGAAACAAGUCACCCAACAGCUUCUCAAUUUCUGAAGAUAAGGCAAGGCCUCCCUCAUGGAGCAAUGAAUCUGCUAGGGGCUCCCGUGGUGGUUCUUCUGAUAGUUGGUCUAUGAAUGCAUUUUCCGAGCUCAUGGCCACAUCUAAUAGAGAAAGGUGGUCUUUUGACAGCGAGUCCUUUGGCUUUAAUCGUGAAAAGAUAACUAGAUCCAGUAGCAGAGUUUCAGCUACACCCUCUGUUGAUUCGCAGACGUGUGGGGUUUGCUCAAAGCUUUUGGCUGAGAAAUCUUCAUGGAGCAGCCAAAAAAUUAUUGCAACCAAUGAGCUUUCUGUGGUUUCAGUGUUAAUUUGUGGACAUGUUUAUCAUGCCGAGUGUUUGGAGAAUAUGACACCUGAAAUUAACAAGUAUGACCCAGCUUGCCCGGUUUGUACUUUUGGGGAGAAACAGAUCCACAAGUUGUCCGAAAAAGCAUUGAAAGCUGAAAUGGAUUUGAAGGCUAGAAACAAGAGAUCGAGGAACCGGGUGUUAGACCUUGAUGGUGAGUCUGCUGUGUUUGAUCGCUUGAAAAGCACUGGACAUCAAGGAAAGGAUCCUAAGUUGGGAUCCAGUUCCAGCAUGAAAAGCUCCUUGGGAAAGCCUUUUUUGAGACGGCACUUCUCAUUUGGCUCCAAGAGCGCUCGAGCCCUAUCAGAGAAUCAUUCUACUAGAAAGAAAGGGUUCUUCUGGGCCAAAUCCAGCAAGAUGUGAGCUCACACUAAGAUGUUUGGGAGAUUUCGGUCUUGGUUCUUCUUUUGCAAUCUCAGUUGGGCAAAAGGAUUGGGAAGAGUGCAUUUAUUAAGGCAUUGUAAACAUCUGCACAACAGCAUCUUGACGUUUGACAAGGUUAGCUUGUGAAGUUGCACUGUAAAGAAGAGAAGAACGAAUUUAUAUAACAGUUCUUUAUAGAAAGAAAAAGAUAGUAGAAUUGAAACGCUGAAAGGACCUGUGUCUGAUUCUUACUGUUGUACAGAUUUUCUUCUUUGCGUGAAUUCAUACUUGAAUUUAUCGAAAUGAACUUAUGUUUGUCAAUUGGAUCCUGGAUUUGCUUAAAAGGCAACAUGGUUCCUUCCUACAAAACUUUAUGUUA